AAAAAAUUUAAAAUAACUUUUCACGCCCCCUUCAUGUUUCCUCCUUCUCUUCUCUCUUAGUCCUUCGUCUUUUUUCAUCAGCGUGCUCUAAAGAUGUUUCGCGCACCCUGUUCGUCUGCAUCCAUCACGGCACCGUUCUGUCAUUGUUCGCAAGCCUCAAGCACUGGUUUUCGAGUUCCGUUCGUGUACUGGGCUUAGGAUCCCUGUUCGUGCAUUGGUUUUAGGAACCUGUUUGUUCGUAAUAGCAUCUUUGCAGGGGACAAACACUGAGGGAAAACACAAUGAUUUGUUCCUCUUUUCUUCUUUCUCUUUCCAAUAGUUAAUUUUAGGGUUCUUUAAUCUCAACGUUCUUCCUCAGUCCCAAACUCCGUUCAAUCCAACGACACUCCUCUGAAGAGACUACGCAGUUAGACAAGGACGUAGAAAAGCAAGGUGAAUUUGCCAACUUUGCAUGGGAUAACAUAGGAAGUUUUGAUGACCUAGAUCGAAUUUUCAGGGAGAUCCACCAAUUGAAUUUUGGGUGCACACAGCAACAACAAACACCACGUCAACUUAAAUUGAAGUGCUACAUCCAUGCACAACAUAUGUGGCAGCAGACAUGCGUGCGUCCAGCUGGCUGAAAACGUCCAAGCACACAACACGUUAGGGAGCAGGAGGCAGAAAAGUGGGGAUUGAUUUGAAGAAAAUGAAGAAGCUAGCUGCUUGGGGGGAAACCAGCCGCUACUCUAUGGUCACAAGGAGACAACACACAUGCUGAUUGGAAAAACUCUUAACUCCUUCUUCUCGGCAGUUUUGGUGAUCCAUCCUUUUCUUUUCUUCUCAUAGAGAAUAGACAGGGGGUUAUACCCAGCAUGGAUUGAGAAUGAAGGAAGCAUGCGUGUUUGAUUAUUGAGACACUGGAAAUUCACGUUCUGGAAGGAGGCACAAGACCAAGAGGCAGCCAGUCACCACUUGUUUGUUUCCUUUUACUUUGAAUGUCUUUCUUUAAAGAGAACUGGAACGUUUUUCAUGCUGAAGUUUACUCCUUUUCUUGAAUUCUGAUUGCAUCUUCCAUUUGGUUUUCUGCACCUUUAUACAAUCUCUUCUAGCAUUUUGUAACCUUUUGGAAAGUGAUUCACGGCUUUGUGUAGAACCAAAGAACAAGUUCAUUUAUUUUGCUUUAGCAGUAAAGUAGCACGUGUAGAGUUGAUUCACCUUUCAUGUUAGGAAAUUGCCGUCUAAGAAAAACACAAAAAAAUUGUUGACUUGGAGGAAGGAGCUCACGGUGUAGAGAAGAAGAGAACCCUGUGCAACCUGGGAGGUGUUGAUUUACCUUUGCUAGAUGGAGAAGACACCACACACGCCAAUUAGCUUUGCUGGAGGUAAGCACACGGAGAGGAGGAGAAGAAUUUAGUUUACUAUAUUGAAGAGAAGGGUUGUUACGGUUGAGAAGAGGAGAAAUGAAUUUUGGUGGAGAAUAGCAAGGUGUUUAAGUGAAUGGUCCAGCAGCAAAUUUGCUAAAGAAGUGCGUCGGUUUAUAGUAGAAAGGAAGCACAUCUUUCAUUUAGCUAGGAGACAAAAUGGAAUUAUUUAUGCAAGAGUGCAGCUGCCAUAUGGAGAAGAGGUAAUCAAUUUUAGAUAGAAAGCAAAGGUGGGUGGAGCCGUGAAGAGUGUUUCUUUUCACGUGAAGAAGAGUUGGCCCAUGGCCCCUUGAUUGCAUUUCUUUAUUCCUUUGAGAAUUGUUGACUAGAUGGAGUAGUAGAUAGCUUCCAAUUUAAUUUGCUUUUAAUUCCUUUUGCAAAGUGAGUGGACCAUGUGUGUAGAAGAUGGAAUUUCACGUCCGGAAGGAAGAGGCAACCAAAUUGUUUUGAUAUUUUUUCUUUGCUUGCCAAUGAUGUCACGGUCAAGAGGAUCCAAGUGAAGCAUUUCACUUGUUUAAUUUUUUAAAAGGGAACUAAGUAAUGUCACGGCCAAGGAGUGGUUUCUUUCUUUAAAGCAUUUGCAAUUUUCAAUUUCUUUUGGUAGAUGAAUUGGUCACAGUUAAUAGUAGAGAAGUUUUAAUGUCUUUCAUUUCUUUUGCUUUAAAAUAUUUUAUAUCAUGUUGAAAUGAUUUCUUGUAUUUUUGUUUGUUGUAAUUUGCUGAUGUAAUUUAAUUCUGCUUCCAUAUUUGAAUUUUACUGUUUUCUAUUUUUACUGUUUACUGUAUUUUCGUUUUCUGUAUUUUUAUUUUCUGUUCCAGAUUUGUUUUUACUGUUUCAUGUUGCUGUAAUUUCGUUUUUACUGUACCAAUUUCGUUUUCACUAUUUUAAUUUCGUUUUACUAUUUUGAAUUUUAUUUCAACGAUUUUUAAUUUCAUCCGCAACCAAAACGAUUUUUCAAACCCCCCCUACGUGUUGACAUGAAGCUGGUGAAACGUCCUAGGAGUCACUUCCUAGCACUGUACUUCUGCAUUAUUUUAUGCAAUCAAAUUUGAUGGGCCACGACAGCUGCAUCAAAUUUUGGCGUCGUUGCCGGGGACCAACGGUUCAGUUUUGAUUCUUUUGUCUGUGUUGUGUGAUUUGUGUUGUGUUUGUGAUAAUGUCGUUUUGCUAUCUUGUGUUUAUUUCUGUGGUUUGAAUUUUUUGUGCUAUUGUUUCAUGAUUACAGGGUGUUGUGAUUUAGUGCACGACAAGAGGAAAUCCUGGAUACAUAUCACAUUUUGAUCCUGAGAUUGAUAGGACGUUUCAUAGGUUAAUUGGGCAUUCUACGAAUUUGUUUUUAGAAUCUGUUUUUGAGCCUGUUCCAUUAGAUAUUGUGUAUCCCACUGUUGAGUACUUUGUGCAUACUGCAUCUACUGCAUCUGUUGCAUCUGCACUUAAUCCUGAUUCUGAUUCUAUUGUUUUUCACACUGAGAACAAUAUGGCACAACCUCCACCUCGUGAGAGGACUUUUAGGGAGAUGGCUGCACCUGAUUUCGAUAUUGAAAGCUUGUGCAUCCAAUAUCCUGAUGAGGACGUUCCAUUUGUUCUCAACACUGGACUGAUCCAUUUGUUGCCCAAGUUUCAUGGUCUUGCAGGUGAAAGUCCACAUAAGCAUUUGAAGGAAUUCCACAUUGUCUGUUCCAGUAUGAAACCACAUGGUGUUCCUGAAGAGCACAUCUUCUUCAAGGCAUUCCCUCAUUCAUUGGAAAAUGUUGCUAAGGAUUGGUUGUAUGGUUUGGCACCUAGAUCCGUCACUAGCUGGGAUGAUUUGAAGAGGCUGUUCUUGGAUAAAUUUUUCCCAGCAUCCCGGACCACAGCUAUCAGAAAAGACAUAACUGGGAUUAGGCAGCUUGGUGGAGAGAACCUGUAUGAGUAUUGGGAGAGAUUCAAGACACUUUGUGCUAGCUGCCCCCACCAUCAGAUACCUGAACAACUCCUUAUCCAGUAUUUCUAUGAGGGUUUGAACAACAUGGAUCGGGGUAUGAUUGAUGCUGCCAGUGGUGGAGCUCUUGGAGACACCACACCUGUUGAGGCCAGGCAAUUGAUUGAGAAGAUGGCCUCCAACUCCCAGCAGUUUAGCGCCAGGAAUGAUGCCAUUGUGGUGAGGGGCGUACAUGAUAUUGUUGCCCAGUCUUUAUCAGCUAUUGAGAGCAAGUUGGAAAGCAAGAUUGACUCUCUUGCGAAGUUGGUGACACAGUGGACUACCAAUCAGAGAUCUGCAGCUCCAUCUGCAUCUGUUGCACGACUAUGUGCUAUUUGUCCUUCCAAUGACCAUUAUACAGAUGCAUGUCCUUCUUUGCAGCACCCUACUGCCUCUGAUGCGCCUCAGGCUUAUGCUACGAAUAUCUAUAACAAUAGGCAUCCACAACAGCAAAAUCAUGACUUGUCCAGCAACAGGUACAACCCAGGGUGGAGGAAUCACCCCAAUCUUAGAUGGAACAAUGCGCCACAGCAUCAGCAGGCGCCACCUUUCCAGAAUGCUGGAGCACCUAACAUAUAUGUGCCUCCACCUAUGCAACAACACCAGAGGCAACAACAACAACAAGAGACACCUGCCCAACCAGCUGCCCAACCUUCCACUUCGUCUGAACCUUCAUUGGAAGAGUUGGUGAGACAGAUGACUAUGCAAAACCUGCAGUUUCAGAAAGAUAACAUGCAAUUCCAGCGGGAGACUAGAGCUUCCAUACAGAGUCUCACUAACCAGAUGAGUCAGAUGGCGACUCAGAUAAACCAGGCGCAGUCUCAGAAUUCUGAUAAGUUACUAUCCCAGACUGUGCAGAAUCCAAGGAAUGUGAGUUCCAUAACCCUCAGAUCAGGGAAGCAGAUUGUUGUACCUUCAGAGCCCGCUUCUACACCUACACCCGUGCCUGCCACUUGUCCUAGAGAGGACGACCAUGACGGUCCACGCAGGACAUUUGAGGUGGGUGGAUCUUCUUCUCCAGCCGGUGGUUCUUCUUCAGGAGGAUCUUCUCCUUUUUCCACCACCACCGCUGUCGCACCUUCUCCAUUGGUUGACCGACCUAUCCCUCUACCAUUCCCUUCACGGGCACUUCCUAGCAAAAAGAUGGAAGAGGUGGAUAAAGAAAUUCUGGAGACCUUUAGGAAGGUAGAGGUGAACAUACCUCUACUCGAUGCCAUCAAGCAGAUACCGAAGUAUGCCAAAUUCUUGAAUGAGCUGUGCACACACAAGAGGAAGAUGAAGGGAAAUGAGAGGAUUAACAUGGGAAGGAAUGUAUCUGCGCUUAUUGGUAAGUCGGUUCCGCAUGUUCCUGAAAAGUGCAAGGACCCAGGUAUAUUUUGCAUUCCUUGUAUGAUUGGAAACAAUAAAUUUGAGAAUGCCAUGCUUGAUUUGGGUGCUUCUAUUAAUGUCAUGCCUUUGUCCAUAUAUAAAUCUUUGUCUCUGGGUCAUUUGCAAACUACGGGUGUGGUCAUUCAGUUGGCUAAUAGGAGUGUUACCCACCCAACAGGUUUCAUAGAAGAUGUCUUGGUUAGGGUUGGUGAAUUGAUUUUUCCUGCUGACUUUUAUGUUUUGGAAAUGGAGGAGGGAUUCUCUCAUGGAUCCGCUCCCGUUAUCUUAGGCAGGCCAUUCUUGAAAACUGCCCGAACUAAGAUUGAUGUGUAUGCUGGAACUUUGUCUAUGGAAUUUGCUGAUAUUGUUAUUCAUUUUAAUAUCCUUGAUGUAAUGAAAUUUCCAGCUGAGGACCAUUCUCUAUUUAGGAUCGAUGCAUUGGAUGACAUUAUUGAUGAAUUUGUUGUUGACGACUUUCAUUCUGUGCAUGAGAAGAAGCAUUCUUUUCUAUCUUCUUUGCAUUCAUGCAUUGAAUCUGGAUUCGAAUCAGGAUUUGAGAAUGAUGUUGAUAAUGUUGUGGAUUUUGAUGAGGAUUGUGAUGUCCAGGAUAUUGAUGCUAUGCAUGAUAUUGAUGAUGUUGACAUAUCUGUGAUGGACAUUGAUUUGGAUUCUGAUGAGAUGAGUGUUUUGCCUUUACUUGUACACUCUUUAGAGUCAGAAUGCAAUAACCACGUUGCAGGAAGUACACUUGAAUCUGACUUGCAGGCACCCACUCCUGAGUUGAAACAACUUUCAGAUAACCUCAAGUAUGCUUACUUGGAGGAUGAUGAGAAGAAACCGGUGAUCAUUUCUACCUCCCUUGAUUCUGUUCAAGAGGAGAAGUUGCUUGGUGUGCUGAGGAAGCACAAGAAAGCCAUUGGUUGGAGUUUGGCUGACAUACCUGGUAUUAGCCCAUCCACAUGCAUGCAUAGAAUUCUUUUGGAAGAUGAGGCAAAGCCAGUGAAACAGUCGCAAAGAAGGAAAAACCCCGUGAUCAUGGACGUCAUCAAGAAGGAGGUGACCAAGCUUUUGCAGGCUGGGAUCAUCUACCCUAUUUCAGACAGUCAGUGGGUGAGCCCCAUCCAUGUUGUGCCCAAGAAAACUGGCCUCACUGUGGUGAAGAAUGAGAAGGAUGAACUUAUCCCAACUAGAGUGCAGAACAGCUGGAGAGUCUGCAUUGACUAUAGGAGGCUCAACCAAGCAACCAGGAAAGAUCAUUUUCCUCUGCCAUUCAUUGAUCAGAUGCUGGAGCGCCUGACAGGUAAAUCUCAUUAUUGUUUUCUUGAUGGUUUUUCUUGUUACUUUCAAAUAAAUAUUGCGCUUGAGGAUCAAGAGAAAACCACAUUCACCUGCCCCUUUGGCACUUUUGCCUAUAGGAGGAUGCCCUUUGGUCUAUGCAACGCCCCUGGUACCUUCCAACUGUGCAUGCUUAGUAUUUUUAGCGACUUUCUUGAGAGUUGCCUAGAGGUGUUUAUGGAUGAUUUUAUUGUGUAUGGAUCCUUUUUUGAUGCAUGUUUAGACAGUCUGGAAAAAGUUUUGAAAAGAUGCAUAGAAACAAAUCUUGUUCUCAAUUUUGAGAAAUGUCACUUCAUGGUUGAACAAGGUUUGGUUCUAGGGCAUAUCAUUUCUGAAAAGGGAAUAGAGGUAGACCCUGCUAAGAUAUUUGUGAUUUCGCAGUUGCCUUACCCCUCUUGCGUGCGAGAGGUGCGAUCUUUCCUUGGACAUGCAGGUUUCUACAGGCGCUUUAUCAAAGCUUUCAGCAAGAAGGCGCUCCCCUUGUCCAGACUGCUGCAGAAGGAUAUUGACUUUGCUUUUGAUGACAGGUGCAAGCAGGCGUUUGAUUGCCUAAAGGAAGCUUUUACCACCACCCCUAUCAUUCAGGCACCAGAUUGGACAGUCCCAUUUGAGCUCAUGUGUGAUGCGUCUAAUUAUGCAUUGGGGGCUGUCUUGACACAGAAAAUUGACAAGCUGCCGAGAGUGAUCUACUACGCUUCACGCACUUUGGAUGUUGCCCAAGCAAAUUAUACCACCACUGAAAAAGAGUUGUUGGCAAUUGUUUUUGCCUUUGAUAAGUUCAGGUCAUAUUUGCUUGGAUCACCUGUUAUUGUGUAUACUGACCAUGCAGCUCUAAAGUUUCUGUUGAAAAAGACUGAGUCAAAGCCUAGAUUAAUCAGGUGGAUGCUAUUGCUCCAAGAGUUUGACUUGCAGAUUAAAGACCGGAGUGGAGCACAGAAUUUGGUUGCAGACCACCUCAGUCGGAUUGAGAGAGUUGGGAAUGAAGUUGAUGUGUUACCCAUCCAUGAUAACUUUCCUGAUGAGAGUUUGUUGAUGAUUUCUUCUUCUCACCCCACUCCUUGGUUUGCACACAUUGUAAAUUUUUUGGUUGCUUCUGUUUUUCCUCCCUUAGCAUCACGUGCUCAGAUUGCUAAAAUUAAGAGUGAUGCUAAGUAUUAUAUUUGGGAUGACCCAUAUCUGUGGAAGUUGUGCAGUGACCAGGUUACUAAGAGAUGCAUUUUGGACCAUGAGAUUGACUCGGUCCUGCAAUUUUGUCAUGCCUCCUCACCUGGUGGUCAUCUGGGGAUACAGAGAACAGCUCGCAGGGUGCUUGACUGUGGUUUCUAUUGGCCUUCUAUCUUCAAAGAUGCGGAGAGGAUUUGCAGCACCUGUGAGCCUUGUCAGAAAGCAGGAGGAUCAAUUUCACAGAGACAAGAGAUGCCUCAACAGCCUAUGCUGUUCUGUGAGGUGUUUGAUGUCUGGGGUAUAGAUUUCAUGGGUCCUUUUCCUGUUUCUUUUGGUUUCUCUUAUAUUCUCCUUGCUGUGGAUUAUGUUUCAAAAUGGGUGGAAGCUAAAGCCACCAGGACUAAUGAUGCUAGGGUUGUGGUAGAUUUUGUUAUAUCUCACCUCUUUUGCAGGUUUGGCGUGCCUAGAGCAAUUGUUAGUGAUCAGGGAACCCAUUUUUGCAACAGAUCAAUGCAAGGUUUGCUCAAGAAAUAUGGGGUGACACACAGAGUUUCUACACGUUACCACCCCCAAACAAAUGGGCAGGCUGAGAUCUCCAAUAGGGAGAUUAAGAGGAUUUUGGAAAAGAUUGUCCAGCCUAACAGGAAAUAUUGGAGUAAUAGGUUGGACGAUGAUCUUUGGACCCACAGGACUGCCUACAAAGCACCAAUAGGGAUGUCUCUUUACAGGGUUGUCUUUGGAAAAGCAUGUCAUCUACCGGUUGAGAUUGAGCAUCGGGCAUACUGGGCUGUGAAGUCUUGCAACUUCUCCAUGGACCAAGCUGGAGAGGAAAGAAAGUUGCAACUGAAUGGAUUGGAUGAGAUCCGAUUGGCAGCCUAUGAGAACUCGAAGUUCUACAAGGAAAGGACUAAGAGGUUCCAUGAUAGCUCCAUCGUUAGAAAAGACUUCGAGGUUGGCCAACAGGUUUUGUUGUAUAACUCUAGACUCGGCCUCAUGGGUGGUAAGUUGACAUCAAAGUGGACUGGACCUUUUGUUGUGACUAAUGUUUAUCCUUAUGGUGCAGUAGAGAUCCAAGGUCCAUCUGCAGCUAAAAGCUUCAAGGUGAACGGGCAUAGACUGAAGCCUUUCCUCAACAAUCCUUCUUUGUUGGAUGUAGUGGUGGAGGAGACGUCUUUGGUCCACCCCACCUACCCUCCCAUCUGACUCAGGGAGUUCUUUUCUCCUUCCCUCCUCACUUUUAUUGCACUUUGUCGAUAUCUGAUGACUGUUCUGAUGGUUAGAUCUGCUGAUUGUGACACACUGAGGACAUUGUGCCGUUUAAGUGUGGUCUAUUAGGGGAGGUUGUUUCUUUGUUCAUGUUUCAGUUUUUAUGUAGUUUGUUGUGUCUUGUAUACAGUUUUGCAUGCUUUUCGUGAAUUUUGGAUUGUGAUUAGGUUGUCAGUUUUCCUUCACUUCAUUGAUACUCUGAUUUGUUGGAUUCCUUGCUUUUCUUUACUUGGAAGAUGAUCAUGAUGUUUGAGAGUUGAAUUGAUGGUGACCAUAUUACCUGUGUGAGAUUUGAGCCAUUUGAUGAUCUUUCUUGUGUGUGAUAUGUCUCUUGAUUGCUUGCACAUAUGUCUUGGCUUGACUCUUUUUGAUGAUUCUUGACUAAUACGCAUGUUCGAAAGUGAUAAAGGCAUUUUGUUGUUGAGCCUCUAUAGCCAGAUGAGCCUACCCUGUUUUGAUCCAUUGAUAACCCUUUUGAGCCUAUGCUUUGCCCCCAUUUCUUUGUUUUGAAGCUCAUACACCAGCCCUAAGUGAAAAACCAUUAAUACCUUAGCCUUAGGGAAUUUAAUUUUGGAGCUUUGGAAUUGUUUUGAGAAUAAGUGUGGUCUUUUGGGAGUUUCAGAUGAAUUGGCUAGUGAGUCCUCUUCUUAUCGUGUUUUUGUAAAUAUGUGGUGUAUCUUGUUCCUUGAAAUUGUGUGUUGAACAGAGUAAAGAAAAGAGACAAGAUAAAAAAAAAUUGUGAAUAAUGAAGUCAACUAGAGGAUGAAAUUAGAGGUUGUGGGUGUGUUUGAAUGUGUUUAUACUUGUUUCUCAUUGCUCAUCUAUUCCUUAUGGUUUGUAGCUUCUUAUCCAGAUAUAUCCUCCCUUGUCCUUGACCCCAUUACAACCAUGCAAAGACCUUUUGAUUUGAACAUGCGUAUGUGCUUGAGUGUUGAUAUUAGAGGCUUGUCAAACCUAUUUGUGUUUGCUUUCUUGAGUGCAUUGAGUGAAAAUUGAUUUACCUUAAACACUUGAGAGAAACAUUGAUUGUGUGCAUCUGUGAGGCUCUGUUGCUUUUGACUCAUCUCUUGAACUGAUUGACUGUUUCCCUUGUACUGAACUGUUUGGAUGAUUAUUUGAGUAUUUGCUUUCAUUGACUCUGUGUGGGAUUCUGCUUAUACCUUUUACUAUACAGAUUUUGAGAUUUAUGCAAUUUUGUUUCUGUUUUGGAGUCAUUGUUAUUUGUCUGUCGAGUCUGUGUCACCUUCCUGAUGUUUGAGUAGUUUCCUAUUUUUUGUCUUGAUUUUGCUCAGGAGUGCAAAAGACUAAGUGUGGUCUAUUUUGAUGAGUCAUUAUUUUCUUCACUUAACUUAGUUUAUUGUACUAGAGUUAAUCAGGAAAGUGUGCUCAAAUAUCCAGUAUUUUCCCAUUUUUUCUAAAUUGUGCUUAAUUUGAUCAGAAAUUCUUAUUUUAAUUAAUUUGAAUUGUCUGAAACUAAUUAUUUACAUUAUUGAGUGCAGGAAAAUUAUUGGAUAAUUUUAGGACUGAAAGAUAAAUUUCUCAGCAAUUUUAUUUUAAACUAAAAUGAGAAACAAAAAUGAAUUUUAUUUUGCACAGGGAAAGAAGCCGACAAAUAUUAAUUUCCAAUUGAAAAUUUGUAAGGGAGAUGCACGAAUUGAAUUUUGGGUGCACACAGCAACAAUAAACACCACGUCAACUUAAAUUGAAGUGCUACAUCUAUGCACAACAUAUGUGGCAGCAGACAUCCGUGCGUCCAGCUGGCUGAAAACGUCCAAGCACACAACACGUUAGGGAGCAGGAGGUAGAAAAGUGAGGAUUGAUUUGAAGAAAAUGAAGAAGCUAGCUGCUAGGGGGGAGACCAGCCGCUACUCUAUGGUCUCAAGGAGACAACACACAUGCUGAUUGGAAAAACUCUUAACUCCUUCCUCUCGGCAGUUUUGGGGAUCCAUCCUUUUCUUUUCUUCUCAUAGAGAAUAGACAAGGGGUUAUACCCAGCAUGGAUUGAGAAUGAAGGAAGCAUGCGUGUUUGAUUAUUGAGACACUGGAAAUUCACGUUCUGGAAGGAGGCACAAGACCAAGAGGCAGCCAGUCACCACUUGUUUGUUUCCUUUUACUUUGAAUGUCUUUCUUUAAAGAGAACUGGAACGUUUUUCAUGCUGAAGUUUACUCCUUUUCUUGAAUUCUGAUUGCAUCUUCCAUUUGGUUUUCUGCACCUUUAUACAAUCUCUUCUAGCAUUUUGUAACCUUUUGGAAAGUGAUUCACGGCUUUGUGUAGAACCAAAGAACAAGUUCAUUUA